AUGUUGAGUAAUCUUCAACUACACUCCCCUCAAAGAAUCACCAUAUUAGCUUUGAGACUCUCAUUUCUUCUAAUUUUGUCUUCUUCAUAUCCUACAUCUCAUAGCUACCCUUCAAGAACUCACAUCACAAUCUAUGCAAGCUGCUCCCAAGAAAAAUAUCAACCAAACACACCCUUUGAAUCCAAUCUCAACAGCUUUCUAUCCUCAGUUGCAUCUUCAUCAUCUGAAGUAACUUACGAUUCUUUCGCGAUCGGUAAUGAUACCUCAACAGCACAACCAUAUGGAGCUGUUUAUGGUUUAUACCAAUGUAGAGGUGAUUUGCAUCCACUUGAUUGCUCAAAGUGUGUUGGAAGAUCUGUUAACCAAAUAGGCCUAGUGUGCCCUUAUUCACUUGGUGCUUCUUUGCAAUUUGAAGGUUGUUAUGUGAGAUAUGAACAUAGUGGUGAUUUUCUUGGGAAGUUGGAUACAGGUAUUAGGUUUAAGAAAUGUAGUAAAGGUGUUAGUAGUGAUGUCGAGUUUUUUCGACGUAGAGACGAUGUUCUUGAAGAUUUGCAAACCGCUAAUGGAUUUAGGGUUAGUAGUUCUGGACUAGUUCAAGGGUUUGCGCAGUGUUUGGGGGAUUUGAGUGUUACAGAUUGUUCAACUUGCUUGGUUGAUGCAGUUGGAAAGCUGAAGAGCUUGUGUGGAUCAGCAGCUGCAGCUGAUGUCUUCUUGGGACAGUGUUAUGCUCGGUAUUGGGCUUCUGGUUACUAUGAUGAAAGAGAUUCCCAAAAUGAUGAUCAAGUUGGCAAAUCAGUUGCAAUCAUUGUAGGAGUGUUUGGGGGUCUAGCAGUUCUAGUUGUCCUUCUCUCAAUUUGCAAAAAAGCAGCAGGUUAA